AUGCUCAUACCACUCCAUCAUAAAAGGACUAACAAGAAAUAUAUUUUCUCUUCAUUAGUUCAGUGUCAGUAUUCUGGAAAUGGAUAUACUCGAUUGGCACAGCUCCCUUCUCAGAUUGUUCAGUUAGCAGGAAACAAAUUAAGCUGUGAAAAAGCCUUGGUUUAUAUUGUUGAACUUGAUAAAUACAGUACAUUACUUGAUAAGCACACAGACAAGUGCUUUGAAGUCCUUAAGAAAGUUAUUGGCCGCCUUGUUUCCUUUCAUCCCCGAAGAGCAGCUGAUGAUUUAUAUGAUGACAGUGUGGAUAAAUUUGCUCAGAUUUUCUAUGAAUAUGAUGGCAUUGAGGUGAUUUUACGGUUGCUGACUUUCAGCUCUUUAUUUCCAAAUGAAUCUUCUUGUUGUCAUGAUUCAGAACAUGUGUUGAGAGCAAAAAGUUUGUGUCUAGAAAUUUUAAUAAAAAUAACUUCCACGCCUAAAGGUGAAAGAGUGACAUUGAAGGUGCUAUCAAAAGAUGAUGUCCUCAAUUACAUUUUUACUCUGCUAGCUCAUAAGAAAACUUUCAUAGCAGCAUGCCAAUUGUUAGAGGAUAUGUUACAAAUCCGUCGAGAAGUUUUGGAUCUUCAUAAAAUCUAUAAUCUUCGAGGACUUAUAUCCUGUUUGAGUGAUGGGGAACUGGCCAAUUUUUGCCGUAUUCUUGCCAUCACAAUAUCAGAUCUGGACAUUUAUGAAAACAAAUCAUCAUUAUUUGCACAAAACAAACAAAAACGAAGCAAUGGAUUUGUCAAUGUCAGAGAUGUUAAUCAAGAACUUUUAUUGGGAAUAUCUGAACUACUGCCAAGAUUGGUUAGCAUAACAGUUUCAAAAGCAAAAGAGUAUACUCCACGAUUCCAAGGGUUUGCUAGUGAGUUGGACUGCUGGAUGGAAUGGAUAGAAAAUCAAAUGGAUGAUGAUGAUGAUACAUCAGAAGAAGCAAACACAGAUGAAUUUGAAGAUUUUGUGGGUGGAAUUUCUGUUGCCAGAGCACGAGGUUCACCAUUGAAGACACAACAGGGUUUGCGAAUUACAGAAGACCUUGCACAGCGGGUUGAAGUUGUUUAUGUACUCGGAUUGUUUCUACUUGGUAAACACAGAAAGAAAGUUCAGAGGAAACUAGCAGAAUUAAAACUAGCUCCAGGACUAAGUGAACUCUUUGAUCAGUUUAUUUGGAAAUGCCAAGCGACUAGGCAUGGAGUCCGUCACAGAUUGAUAGGUCAUAAUUCAAGUUGUGAAUGUAGUCCUGUAAAAUGCCACUGGAUUAUUGAUAAAUUGACUUUUUGCUUCCUUCUUUCUUUUUUUGCUUCCUUUCUUUUUUCCUUCUUUCUUUUUUUCCUUCCUUCUUUUUUUCCUUCCUUCCUUCUUUUUUUCCUUCCUUCCUUCUUUUUUUCCUUCCUUCCUUCUUUUUUUCCUUUCUUUCUUCCUUUCUUCCUUCUUUUUUCCUUCCUUUCUUCCUUCUUUUUUCCUUCCUUUCUUCCUUCUUUUUUUCCUUCCUUUCUUCCUUCUUUUUUUCCUUCCUUUCUUCCUUCUUUUUUUCCUUCCUUUCUUCCUUCUUUUUUCCUUCCUUUCUUCCUUCUUUUUUUCCUUCCUUUCUUCCUUCUUUUUUCCUUCCUUUCUUCCUUCUUUUUUUCCUUCCUUCCUUUCUUUCUUUCUUUUUUCCUUCCUUUCUUUCUUUCUUUUUUCCUUCCUUUCUUUCUUUCUUUUUUUCCUUCCUUUCUUUCUUUCUUUUUUCCUUCCUUUCUUUCUUUUUUUCCUUCCUUUUUUCUUUUUUUUCCUUCCUUUCUUUCUUUUUUCCUUUCUUUCUUUCUUUCUUUCUUUCUUUCUUUCUUUCUUUCUUUCUUUCUUUUUUUCUUUCUUUCUUUCUUUUCUUUUCUUUUCUUUUCUUUCUUUCUUUUCUUUCUUUCUUUUCUUUCUUUUCUUUCUUUUCUUUCUUUCUUUUCUUUCUUUCUUUAUCAGAAUGAUGAAAUUUGUUUCUUUUGUGAUCAUUCUGAUUACAAGCACCUUUUAUUAUCCAGAAAUGAACUCAAUGAAAUCAAGAAAAUAAAUGCUCAUGCUGGGCCCCUUGCAUUACAGAAUCUCGAUUAUUUGAAUAAACAACUAAUGUGCCGAGGUAGCAAAGGUUUGCUUACAAAAAUUGUUGAAGUUAUGAAAAAAGAACCAACUACAUCGACUUUUCGAUUCUGGCUGGCUCGAGCAGUUGAAAGCUACCUAAGAGGGAACACUUCUUACUGUGAUCAAAUUUUUCUUAUGAGAAGAGAUUUACUCCAGCAUGUUGCAGGUAACAUUGUCAAACAUGAUAUUGCAAAUAAAGAAAUACUCCAAAGCAGUUUCGAUCUCCUGGGUGAACUUAUCAAAUUCAACAUUGAGGCUUUCAAAUCUUUUGACCUCAUUCUCAACACGGAGAGUAAGUUUGAUAAAUUCAUCUUAACUGUGAACCGAAAUUUAGUGGAUUCCAAUAUGUUCCUUCGGAGUCUCAUACUCUCACUUGAACAUUUUUCAGAAGAUGAACAAUAUGAUGAUUUCCGAAAAUACAAUCGCUUGUUGGUAUACAUAGCAGACUUUAAGCAACAGCUUGAAUACUUGCGCAAGUUGAUCAAUAUAAUAAGUGUUCAAAAUCUUACGCAGGAAAAUGUAAGCUGUUUAAACACAACUCUGGUGUUCUUAAUGUUUGCCAAUCAAAAGGAUAGUUUACCAAAAUAUUUACGAGCUCUUCAAGAUGAAAAAGACGAUCUCUUAGAUUCAAAUAUGUCCGGAUCCAUUAUGGGAAAUUUCAGGGAAUUACUACUUUUCUGGCAGGACCAUUAUUUACACAAGGAUAAAGAUUGUAGUGCUCUAGAAAAAAGUUCCAGAAUUUGUUUUGAUUAUUGGAAACAAACUGUUAAUACGUUGGUAGAAGAAGACCGGGAUCUUGAUACUUCUAUUCUUCACUACAUACCUCCUAUAUCACGACAUGUAUACCUUCUUUCACCAUCUAGUCAUCGAAAAAAAAGGGAUACGUGA